AUGGCGGAGCACGCGGGCCACGUGGUGUGCCGCGCGGACGGGUUCCGCGUCGGCCGCCCCGCGCCGGUGCUGGGCGUCGGGGACCGCCUCGAGCCCGGGCGCACGUACCUCGUCGUCCCCGUCGACCGCCUCCCCUGCGGCAGUGGCGACGGGGUCGUCACCGCGGCGUCGCUUGCGGUGCUCUCGUCGUCGUCGCACUCGCGCGGCAGGGGUGGGGGCAAGGCGGCGGCGCCGUCGCUGGCGCUAGCGGCAGGACGGAAGAGUCCGUUCGAGUACGCCAAGGACGGCGACGGGCGCACCGUGAUCAGGGUCGCGGAGGAGUUCAUCGUCAAGGCCGUCGCAGGUGACGGCGGCGGCGGCGACGGCUGCGGGUCGGCCGCGCUUUGCAGCACGCCGGAGCUGAGGAAGCACUACGAGCAGCUGGUGGGCGCCACGAGGGGCCGGCCGUGGGCGCCGCGGCUGGACACCAUCAAGGAGCGCAAAGGGCGGAGGCUUGCCGACGUCGUCAGCCCCGGGAGGCUGUCGCCGGUACGACUGCUGGGGAUGGACAAGGGGCUCAGCAUCAGCUAG